GCGGCCUUGGACGCGUUCUACGCGCUCGGAUACCCUCAUACCCCUCAAUUUGGAACUACUCGGAACAUAAUGGCUCUGUCUCGGACGCGCAUCGCAAUCGAAGUUUGCGUAGACUCGGUAGAGUCAGCUCUGAACGCAGUUCAUGGAGGUGCCGACCGUAUCGAACUAUGUGGCAGCCUUGGUGUCGGCGGUGGGACUACACCGAGUCUAGGACUGCUCAAGUGCGUGCGACGUGCUGUGAAUGGUGUACCUAUAAUGGCUAUGGUGCGCCCGCGUAGCGGCGACUUCGUGUACACAGAGGAGGACAUGGACGUGAUGUUGGACGACAUCCGGAUAUUCAAGCGGCAUGGGGCUCGGGGUGUCGUGAUUGGCGUUCUACGGCCAAAUGGAACUGUAGACGUUAAGCGAACGAAACGACUGGUAGACGAGGCGCUGCCGAUGCAGGUGUGUUUCCAUCGGGCAUUCGACAUGACGCGAGAUCCACUGGAAGCACUGGACGCCCUUCAGUCCAUAGGCGGCAUAACCCGAAUAUUGACCAGCGGUCACGGUCCUACCGCACCAGGGUCUAUACCCGUCCUCACGCAACUCCUGGAUCGCAUCUCGGACGGCACUCCAUGGGCACUGAGCAUCCUUCCUGGCUCCGGGAUUUCACCCGAGACUGCAGGCCCUGUCCUCGAAGCCCUCGUCCCUCACGGACUCACUGAGCUCCACAUGAGCGGCGGCGUCUGGGAAGAGGGCACGAUGGACUUCCGCCGGCCAGACAUGGGCAUGGGCGCAGGAAGCGAAUGGGGUGUGUGGCGCACGCAAUCUGAUCGCGUUCGCGCUGUGCGCGCAAUAGCGGACGAAUUCUGGGAUCCCGCCUCUGACACGGAAGGGAGAGAGGCGGACUCGGGGCCAGCUUCGACACUGUCAGACGAAGGCGCGGGUGGGGAGAGCGAAGACCAGCUAGCGAGCCCCGUGUGACAGGUCUGUGACCCAUCGAAGUUCAAGUUGUCUUUUGUACCGAAUGCGGAUGCCGGGGCCCGAUUUAUCAUGCA